CGUUAACGUUGCCGGUCCCCAACACUUACAACACUCAGCGCCGCACUGCAGUGCCACUGACAUUUCUCUCCUUGGCGAUGGGCAAAAGAUGCAAUCCCUUCAAAUGCCUGCAAAUGCCGCCACUCUCCAGCCUCGAUUGCUGCUGUCACACCAAACCGACGCCAAUUCCUGGCGCAGGCAACCAAAACGUGUCGCAAAGCACAACAAUCCCUGUACAACCUCGAUAUAGCCCUCGAGCAAACCGGGAAGUUUUUAAUGCGCGGCAAUGUCGACUAUCGAGAAUCCUCAAGCCAACAACUGUAUGUAAAGAUGAAGUCAGUCAAAGCAGCGCCGGGCGAAAGCGACCUGUGGGACCAACUGAUGAGCAGUUUCCAGAUCAACGUCCCCAAAGCACCAUCCUCCUCGCCUUAUCAGGGAAAACAACAAGCGCUGGCAGCAGUUAAGAGAUCUCACGAUGGGAAGCCUUCCAAACUCCCGUCGAAGCCGAAAGAUUUUGAGAAAGAGUGGAUUGCAUCUCAUCUCACUGAAGCCAAUGGAUCGGCUGUAUCGCGGGAUAAAAUCUUCGACCGCUACGUGGAGGACUGUUGGGAACACAAGCACCCUCCGGUCAAAGCAUCCCUUUUUUCCCAGCUGAUAUCAGCGAGUUUUCCAAAUUCGCUCCUGCGGAAAUUUGGAAGCAGAGUUCAAGCGCAGUUUUAUUUCAUCGGCUUACAACUCAUUGCGGAUCUUCCCAAGCCGGUAACCCCGGCGGAAAUCCCCACUAGUGGCACUGCGCCGCAAGCCAUAAUUCCAAUCGACUCCUUAAGAUUGAUUCCGCAGCCCCAACCUGAACCAGAAAUUCAGCUAUGUCAAGUGCCGUGUGUAGCGUCACCCCGCUUGGAGGUUGUCACUUCCGCAGACGGACCGGUGAGCCUAUGCGAUGCCGACGUGGCGGUCCUGGGACAGCUGGCCGCUGAGUGCCUAUCGGCCAAGCUGGAUGUUAAAACAAAUUGGAUGCCGGUCAUUCUGUGGGAUCUGGGCCGGUGGUCUGAGGCGGUGCAAUUCGAGGCGUUGAUUGUGCAGUAUAACAUUCCUGAAGCAGAUGUUGUAAGCUUCCUCUUGUGCCUACGCAGUCAUUUACUGCUAGUAGGAACCAAGGUCACUCGUGGAGAACUUGACGAUUUGGCUACAAGUUUAACGGAAUUCUGGAUAACGUGCAACCCAAAUGUACAGAUACGGAAAAUCGUGUUGCAGCGUUUAACAAAGUGUCCCCCAAUGUGCCAUUUCAUCUCCACGGUUUACCUGCAGUUUUAUGCGAAUCUUGUGCAAGUUGUAGCACCGCGAGAUCGAAUUUUGACUCAAAACGUGCGUUUCCUGGAGAAAUUGUUGGGUGUUUUGGACAACUGGAUGGUCUGCAUGGGAAGAGCGUUUCCUGGGAUGAUUGGUGGCGCUGUGAUCGCGGCCACCUUCGGGUUCGUGUGCGUGUUGGACAAGCUACUACGGUUAAAUAACAGUUGGCGCAAGAUGCCGAAAGAGCACGGAUAUUCGCAGACGACACGAGAACUCAUGGAGCAACUUUUUACCGGUGUUUGCAUAUCAACGAAAGGUCAACUGCAAACACUAACUGUUCAGUGCGCGGAGAUCUUAUGGACGUUCAUCCAUGAGUCAGCGUCGCGUUACGGGUUCUUGUCGUCCAUUGAGGAGAUGCUGCAGAAUAGCGAUAUAGUACAACAGACCAAGGAUGCCUGGGAGAUCAUUUUGUCGGUGAUGGAAAGCAACAUUCCAUCAUUUCAUCCUAGCGAUCAUUCUGCCGUGGAAACGUUGGUGCAGUUACUGUUACAAUGCGUGGCCUAUUUUUCCGACAAAGCCACCGCCCGGGAGCAACUCUUAAGCCCAGUUGAAUAUUUUUCCAAGACCUUUGCCCAAAGCAUGCCGGCGCUAAGUAGGGAGACCGACGGAAAAGGUCACAUAGCUGUCGAUUAUUAUGUUCACUGUUUAGCACGGGGCGCACGGUGAUUGUUUGAAUGAAAAAAGUUAGCAACUUCGAGCCAGCAACACAUGUAUACUUGCGAUAAGAAAGCAAAAUGUUGUGUUGGGUUUGUAUUUCCGCUACUUUUUACCGCAAAAUUGUCGAUACCAUAAAACUUGUGUAAUUUUGUACGCUAUUUUAAUGUGUCGGAGUUUGAGAGUGUGUCAAUAUGGCCGAUAACAAACUGAACACCGUGAUAAAAGUUGCUCCUGAUUCAACACAGCGGUAUGAAUGUAUGUAAUUUGAAUACUAAUAUAAUUUUGUUAACAGCAUGAAUGUAUGUAAUUUG